AUGUUCCCGAAGGCCUUCUGUCUCAACAACAGACUUCCCGUCAACGACCAGGCAUCUCCGCUGGCCAUGGAGGACGGCUUCGCCUACGGGCAUCAGCGCAUUUACCCAGCCUCGACCCUGCAGCGCACUCAGUCGAUGGACCCCCCUCAAUUCCGUGCGAUUUCUCUUUCUCGAGACGUUUCUAUGGAGGAUGGUGUCUCUGGAACUAAAUCCCGCGACGUCACAAUGUCGCCAUCUCGCCCUACCGCCUUCAAACUUCGUGCACGGAGCUCCCUGACGCCCCAACCCACUGGUCAAGGCUUUGGUCCGAAGCCCCAAUUCGAUGAGCGCGACAAAUCGGAGCCUCCCCCCUUAUCCGCCCUCAUGACGAAGCCUCAGUCCGUGAAGGCUCCCUUCCAGACGAACCAAAUACAGCGGGAGCCCUCCGUUACUACGCUAGGGACCAUUGUAGAGGCAUCUGGCAGAGCCAGUCGAUCGCCUAUGCGUCAGCAUAGCGGGCUCUUCCUCGGCGCUCGUCCCGGUUCAAUCGUACAAAGCACUCCUACCCCGAUCGGCCGCGCCGCCAAUGCCGCUGAACAGGCUCUUCAAGGUCUCGAUGUAUACAAGACGCCGCUGUUACCAUCCCGUCUCCGUGGGUCCCAGACGAUUCCGGAGAUGUUCAAGCCUAAGAAAGCGCAUGCACCGGUUCUGAUGCGAUCUGAGCGAGGCCGUGAUCGGAAGCCGCGCUUAGGUGUGCAGGACAGGAGGGCAGAAGAGAUCAAGCCAUACACUGCAAAGCGUGGACGCGGGACGAGGGAGAUGAUCAAACGGCGCAAACUCGAAGAGCAGGAGGAGCUUGAGAAGGAGCGUGCCAACGCGAUCGAAGCAGACGAGGAGAACCUCUCCAAGCCGCCAUUUUCCGAGAACACGACCCGCGAUGUGUCUGAAGCCCUUGAAGCCGCGAUGUCUUCCAAGGCUCGUACCGUCGGUGGCCGCGAUCAGUCGUCCCUGCGUGUUGGGCGCUCUCGCACUGGUCCUUAUAUCCCGAGGUCGGCACCGAAGAACAAGAACCGCUUCUCUGCCGCUUAUGAGGACGAGGAUGGCGACGACUCGAUGCUCGAUGAAGGAAAAGAUGCUUCAGAGGAGACUGCCAAGUUCCCCACCGUAUACGAGAGCCCAAAGAACUUCAGCUUCGCUCCUGAGAAAGCGCCUGUGUUACAUGACUCUAGCAAUGCGAGAGAGCCACCCAUUGCUUCCUUGCCUUUCUCUUUCGCCAAGCCGAUGUCGGCCGCACCAUCUGCUCCUGUUCCUCCGUUCUCGUUCGCAGAACCCCCUAAGGCUCCCCAGACACUUCCUGUGCCUCAGACGCCGGAGCAGCGUUCAUCGGCUUCCUAUGCAACCGAGGUCUCCCCUCUUCCAGCGGUGCCGUCAAUCUCUCUCAUACCCCCGAGCCCUGCACCCAACAAGGCUAGCGACGAAACAUCCGCACCUACUUCGUCGACGAAUUCUUCAGUUCCGAAUUUCUUCGCCAAUUCGACGACCAUCUCAAAAGCACCAGCAGUCACGGCGCCCUUUAGUUUUGCUCCGGCUUCAUCAGCGAGCGAGGAGAAGGGGGAGGUCAAGACUACAGUACCUUCCUCAUUCAACUUGCCGCUGGUGCCUAAGGAGAGUGUUAUUUCUCCUCCCGUUCAAGCCGCGGUCGUUGCAACUCCUGCGCCCUUUUCGUUUAAUCAGCCCUCCACGAACCCAGGCACUCAGAGUUCCCUGUUUUCCUUCCCUUCGGCUUCCACUAAGAAUGCCACUACCAGUAAUCCCCCACCCUCGCUCUUUACUCCCAUUGCGCCCGUUUCUGCCAAGGAACCUGCACCAUCGACGGUUGCACCGGCCCCCGAGAGCAAGCUUCAGGCCCCUCCCGCCUUCUCUUUCGCCCCGCCAUCCACGACUGCAGAGUCAGCCCCAGCUGCUUCCGGUGUCUUCAACUUUGGCGCGCCCUCAACCACGACGACACCCGCAGUCCCUGCGCCCGCUCCUCCGGCCACGAAUCUCUUCAGUUUCGGCAAGCCGGCGGGCGCAACAUCUGUGACUACGACUGCAACAAGCACAGCUCCCUCGUUUUCGUUCGGCGUGGCACCUGCCGAUAGCAAAGGCUCCGAGGUGAAGUCGCUGUUCGGAGGCAAACCUGAAGCAUCCGCGGCGUCACUAUUCGGGGCUACCUCAUCCGCUCCAGCUCCUUCCACGUCGCUUUUCGGGGUUAGUCAGAAGACUCCCGUUGUAGAGGCUCCAAAGCCUUUCGCCUUUGGGCAACCUACUGCUUUGCCUUCGACCCCAGCAUCUACCAUUGAAGCGCCGAAGUCGUUGUUCCCUUCAACUUCCACCGGAAGCUCAGGGGGAUUCAGCUUCGCUCCCGCCUCGUCACCGACACCACAACUCCAGUCACCUUUCGCUUUCAACGCCUCGCCCUCCACACCACCUGUCACGACGCCGGCCGACAACAAGUCGUCGUUCACAUUUGGUACUGCAAGCAGUCCGUCGGUCUCAGCGCCAACAACGUUGUUUGGGGGUCCGUCUAAUAACAGCCAAGAUGGCGGGAACAAGGGCUUCUCGUUUGGUGCACCCGCGCGGCCUGUCACCCCUCCUCAGAAGGAGCAGGAGAUGCGGAUGGAAGAAAGUCCGACACACAACAACGGCAUGGAAAUGAGCAGCGAUCAGCCUGCUCCGUCUUUGAGUUCACUGAAGCCGGCGGGUGGGUUCUUUGGCUCUGGGCCUUCUCCCUUCGGGCAGCCUGCAUCGGCCGUCUCCUCGCCGUUCGGUUUUGGCGCCAAGAAUGAAGUAAAGCCCGAGGUCAAGACUUCGGGUUCCUUCGCUAGUUUUGGCCAGAACAACUCGUCUCCUUUCGGGUUUGGGAAGCCUGGAGAGAACACGCAACCAUCCCUUGCCUCUCCUUUCGGUGCUCCCUCUAAUCCUUUCGGCUCCUCGAGCACCCCUACUACGACCCCGACGCCUUUCUCCUUCGGAGGAGCAAACAGUGGUUUCGGAUCUCAGCCAACGAGCCCUUCGACGUUCGGUCAGCCGGCAAGUGCACCCUUCUCAUUUGGCGCAACCCCCACCUCUGCCACGGCUCCAUCGAAUCCGUUUGCGUUCGGAAGCCAGCCAGCCUCCCCUGCUACUGGUAACUCAGGACUCCCCCAACCCCCAGGCUCAGCAGGCAAUCCUUUCUCUUUUGGCGCCUCAAGUCCUGCGACAUCCCAAGCACCCUCCUCGCCUUUCGGUGCCCCGCCGACUCUCCCUACCCCUGCUGGAGGCGUUUCAUUCACCAUGGGCUCUGCAGCACCUCCCCCCCAGGCAGGCGGCGCCCGUAGUAUCAAGAAACUUCCCAACCGCCGAGGUAUUCCUCCCUUCCUUGGGAUCGAAGCACCCAACGACAAAAUGCGUUUCCAGCUGCUCAGCGACCUUCACAUGGAGGUGGAACGUCCGCCUACCGCCCUCCAGUCUAAUGAAGACUCAUAUACCUAUACCUUCCCUGCCGAUGAAACCGCGGAUGCGCUCGCUCUUGUGGGCGAUGUAGGGACCACGAACGAUGAGCGGAUGUUUGGUUGGAUUCGAACUCAGCUUCAACGUUUCAACCUCGUGUUCUUCCUUCCCGGAAAUCACGAGUACCACCACUCGUCCAUCGACGAGUCGCGCGAGAGGGUCGCUCGGUUUGCCGCCGAAUGCGCCGCCGCACGCCAGGCCGAGGGGUCGCACCUCGGCCGCUUCGUCCUCCUCGACCGCGGCCGCCACGACGUCUCGCCCACGCUCAGCGUCCUCGGCUGCACUCUCUGGGCGCAGCUCGAGCCUGCCCAGCACGACGCCGUCUUCCAGGGCGUCCGCGACUUCACGCACAUCCGUGGCUUCACGCUGGACACCUUCCAUGCGCUGCACGCGCAGGACCUCGCGUGGCUCGAGGCGUCCAUCGCCCAGAUCGCACGCGAAGAGCCCCAGCGCACGAUCGUGGUCAUGACGCACCACGCCCCGACGCACGUCGGCACGAGCAACCCGGCGUACGCGGGCAGCCCGAAGAGCUCGGCGUUCUCCACAGAGCUGGUCGGCGGGCCGUGUUGGGUGUCGCAGGUGAAGGUGUGGAUGUACGGGCACACGCACUGGAACUGCGACGCCGUGCGGGAGGGCGUUCGGGUGGUCAGCAACCAGCGGGGUUACAAGGAUGGCGCGCCGGGAUACGAUCCCGCCAAGGUCAUCGAGAUAGGAGAUUGA